AUGAAAGAAUAAGGCAGGUAUAGUAAAUUAAGUGAGGAAGAAGCAGCUGCUUAAUUUGAGUUAAGGUACUGAUUGUGAUUUACUUAAGAAAAUAAUAAAUUAUGGGCAAUUUGCUUGAAUAAUACCAGAGCAGCCAUAAAAAUAAAAAGACAUCUAAAAUAUCAAAACCAUAAGAAAUAAAUUAAUAGGAAUUCAUUGUGUUCAAUCCAAAGAAACCAUUAUCAAAGAAUCCUAGGCAGAAAUAAAAUCAAUUGAAACUUGUUAAAGAAGAAUCUCCCCAAUAGAAUUCUACUCCUACUCCAGAAGUAGAAGUAGAAUAGAUUGAAUAAAUUGUGGAGCCAACUCCUAUUGAAUAACAUCCCUCUAUUGUUAAAAUAGAUAGUGCCAACUUGAAAAAAUUAUUGUUGAAAGAUAUUGGUAAUAUAGAUUUGGAAAUAAAAAGAUUAACAAGAGAAACAAAGGAUUUUGAAAUGGAUAAAUUAGCAAAUAAAUCAUAGUUUUCUUAUUAAUCUUAAAGCACCAAAGAAGUUGCUUCUAGGAACAAUCCUCGAUAAACUUCAUCAUAAUAAUAAUAAUAAUAAUCAAAAGUAUACUAUGAAUUAAGAUAAAGACCAUCAAGUAAGGAAUCUCGUAUUUCUGAUUCAUCAUAUACAAAAAAAGCUGAAUGUUUCAAAGGAGUUCUAAGAAGCUCAAGCUUAAAAAAGCUACCUUAAUAAUAAUAAUAAUAAUAAUAAUAAUAACAAUAAUAAUAACAACAGGAAUAAAAAUAAAAUUAAAAUUUAACUUAAUAAAAACAGGUAAAUGAAAAAUAAUCUAUGAACAAAACAGUAACAAUAGAAUCAGAAAAUAAAGAACCAACUACUAAUAAAAUUUCAUAAAGUGAACGCAAAGCUCCUAGACCAAUGAUAUAAAUUAAUCGAAGUUAAUCAAAAUAAGAUUCCCCUUAUGUUGACAAAAAAUCAACUCCUCCUGUAAAAGCUAUGUUGAAAGUAUAAUUUAAUUCAAUUCCAAUUGGAUCUUAUUCCACUAAAAAUAAUAGUGCAUCUUAUGUAUCAUUUAAUAAAUUAUAUAAGUUUCAUCACCAUAAAGAAUCUUACAAUAGUUAAACUAGUUUUUAAAAAAAUAAAUGCGUUGAAGCAUAAAUUGAAGAAGCAUUUUAAUUAUACAAUAAUCUAAAGUUUUUAAUGUAGAGCAAAUCUAGUGUUUUAUAGGUCAGAAAAGAUGGAAAUCAGAUGCCUAGAAAAACAGUUGAUUUUUUUGUAAUUAUUUGUUAUUUAUUAAUAGUAACAUAAAGAAAUAGCUAAACCAACUUUAUUCUGA